AUCAACUAUCAAUUAACUGUGCCAUAUUGUUCAGCAAACUUGGACUUGAAAUCUCUCAUUUUUAAAGGACAAAAAACUUUAAUUUCUAAACAUGGAAAAUAAUGAACUAAAGGCAUUGGAAUUGCUUUUCCAGCGACCAUUAGAACCAGUCUUCACUUCUCGAGACAAUGGCAAAGCUGCAUUUGAUGUCCCAGAUACUUUCUACACUGAUAGAUUUAGUGGAGUUGAAGUUGAGCUUCAGAGUCGAUUUGGUGAUGAUGUUGAUGUUAGGAUCCCCAUUCGUGACAUUGCUAAGCCAAAUUUAGACUUUGCCAAGCAAAUCGGAUUAAAGGAGAAUUUCUAUAUUUUCAUUGAUAAACAUAAGCGAAUUGCUGGACAAUUGAUAAAGUUAUUCUUGGAUGCCAAGGAUCGUUCAACUUUUAUUUCUUUGGCAGUCUAUGUUAAGGACCGAGUCAACCCAAUGUUGUUCCAAUAUUGCUACUCCAUUGCAGUGGCACAUCGCAAGGACACUUCAAUGGUCCCAAUUCCACCAGUUGCUGAAAUUUUCCCAGCCAACUUUAUUGAACCAUCGCUUUUCAAAGAUGCCCGAACGGAAGGAUCAUUGAUUAAAAAUUCUGGUGAUAGGAUGACUAUUGACAUGUCUCAAAACUUUACUGCCUCUGAUCGCGAAGAAGAACAACGAUUGGCCUACUUCCGUGAAGAUAUCGGCGUAAAUAUGCAUCAUUGGCAUUGGCAUUUAGUAUAUCCUGGCGAAGGACCUGACGAAGUUGUUCGUAAAGAUCGUCGUGGUGAACUUUUCUACUACAUGCAUCAUCAAAUCAUUGCCCGAUACAAUGUUGAUCGCUUCUGUAAUGGACUUUCCCGAGCAAGGUUAUUAAAUAACUUACGUGAAGCCAUCCCAGAAGGCUACUUCCCAAAAAUUUUAAGCAGUUUGAACAACCGAACUUUCCCAGCUCGUAUUGCUGGACAGUCUCUAAGGAAUGUUGAACGUGUCGACAAUACUAUUGAAAUCACUGAAGUGGAACGUUGGGCUGAUAGAAUUCAUCAAGCUAUCGAUCAGGGAUAUGUUGUUGACCGUAAUAACAAACAAAUUCCAUUGGACGAAGUUAGGGGAAUUGAUAUCUUAGGCGACUUGAUUGAAGCUUCUGCACUAACAGUUAAUAGGCAAUUAUAUGGCAAUCUUCACAAUAUGGGACAUAACUUGAUAUCUUUAGCUCAUGAUCCCGAUGCAAGGUUCAGGGAAGAUAUCAGUGUGAUGGGUGAUGUAACAACAGCUAUGAGAGAUCCAAUCUUCUAUCGCUGGCAUUCGUUUAUUGAUCAAAUUUUCACCAAGUUCAAGGAUCUUCUUCCAGCUUAUGACAAUAAUCAGCUUGGUUUCAAUGGAGUUAGUGUAGAUUCCAUUGCUGUACAAAUCAGAGCCAAGGGAACUACUCCAAAUACUUUAGCUACUUAUUGGCAAAAUUCUGAUAUUGAUAUCGGUGCUGGAUUAGAUUUUGGACCAAAUGGUGCCAUCUAUGCAAGAUACACCCAUUUGCAAUAUGCUCCAUUUUCAUAUGACAUUCGAGUGACCAAUUCAGGAGGUAAUCGAAAGGGAACAUGCCGAAUUUUCAUUUGUCCGAAAGCAGAUGAACGUGGUGCUCCGUUAAGGAUGAAUGAAAUCAAAAAUAUGGCAAUUGAGUUGGACAAAUUUACAGUUACUUUAAAUCCUGGUGAAAAUACUAUUAGACGUCGAUCAAGUGAAUCUUCUGUUACCAUUCCAUUUGAACGUUCAUUCCGUCGUACGAUUCCAUCAGAUCAGCAAACAGCUGAGAAUCAAGCUGCUUUAUCUGAAUUCCGUUUCUGUGGUUGUGGAUGGCCAGAUCAUAUGCUUUUGCCAAAAGGAACUCCAUCAGGAAUGGAAUUUGAUUUGUAUUGUAUGAUUUCGGAUUAUACGGGUGAUGAAGUUAUACAAACGAAUGAUGGACCAAGUAUUUGUGGAGAUGCAGAAUCAUUUUGUGGACUUAAAGACAAAUUAUAUCCAGACAAACGUUCAAUGGGUUUUCCAUUUGAUAGACCAAUUAGUUCUGGAAAUCUUGGCGAAUUUACAAAUCAAUAUCCUAAUAUGGCAAUUACACCUAUUAAGAUUGUGUUUUCUAACAAGCAUAUUAACAGACAAAAGAAUAGAGAUUAGAUAAACUUUGGAACUGGAUAAGACAUGAGAAGAUAAUACUAUUUCAGCACGUACUCAAUAAUUUUAGCCCAAUAUCAUAGCUUUAAAAGUUUUCAAUUGUAUUACUAUACUUUAUUAUUAUAUAACCCACCUAAUAUACUCAAUAAAAAAAAAAAACAAUUAUUUG